AUGGUAAGACCAGGCCAAAUUUACAAGAUAUCAGCUAAUAUACUCCAAGCUCGUCUGCAGAUGACCAUUAGGGCUUCCAUCUCUUGUAAUGGGGUUGAGAUUGCUGAUGUAAGCCAAGAAGUCAAAGAAGGAGUACCGGAAAUAUUAAAUAUGAGGGUACCCGCGACAACAGUGCCAGGUGAUUAUAAGUUACGUGUCGAAGGCUUGUACUUAGACACGCCCUUCGGUGGUCGCGCUUUCGUCAACGAGACUCAGCUGACAUUUUCUAAAAGAUUCAUGACAAUCUUCAUACAAAUGGACAAGCCCGUCUAUAUGCAAGGCCAGACAGUACGUUUCCGUGUCAUACCUAUCAAUAUUGAGCUGAAAGCAUUUGGGCGAGCUAUCGACGUGUACGUCCUUGACCCCAACCGACGCAUCAUGAAGAGAUGGCUCUCCAGACAGAGUAACUUCGGCACAGUAAGUCUGCAGUACCAGAUGUCGGAUCAGCCGCUGUUCGGCGAGUGGUACAUCCGCGUGGAGGCGCUCGGACAAAUUGAAGAGACACAGUUCCUUGUUGAGGAGUACUAUCAGACCAGAUAUGAGGUUAACGUAACUAUGCCAGCGUUCUUCUUCAACACGGACCAGUUCAUCUACGGCCGCAUCAUGGCAAACUACACAUCCGGGGCUCCGGUGCGAGGCAACCUGACUCUUAAGGCCACCGUGCGUCCCAUACCGCAGUACAGACCCCGGUAUUAUACACAAGGGCAAUUUAAUAACAGGGGGCAGUUUGGUAUACCCUCUGGGUAUGGACAAAACCAGUACACUAGAGUAAACCCCGUCUACCCUUAUACAUACAACGAUAGCUACAAUCAGCAACAGCAAAAUGACUUCGGACCAACGACGGUCGACGAAUACGGCCGCGUAAUCCCCCAAGAGAACCACUACCUCCCUGGACAACCCAACCAAGUAGACCAGCCCGACUGGUGGUAUGAUCCACAGAAGGUUUUCACUAGGAUGUUCAACUUUGAUGAAAAGUACCCAUUCUGGAUGCCGAAGCCAGACCCCACACAGUAUGCGAUCGAGCACAGCAACAACCCAAACCCGAAUUACAACACGUACACCACCACCAGUUCCUACAGUGGCUACUACAACAAUCCUAACUAUGACCAACUGCCCUACCUGAGAUUUUUCAACGGUACCUACAACUUUAAAUACCCGAUGUCGGAACUCGCCCAGCUUGUACCAACGUUGGACGGCGUCGAGGUCAUCAUUACAGCAUCCGUAGGAGAUCCCUUCUUAGAUGAUGUUAUAGAAGGCUACAGUAUCGCGAGGAUUUUUAAUUCGUCUCUCGCUGUCACUUUCCUUGGAGGGACGCCUCAGGUCUUCAAGCCAUCUAUGCCAUUUGAUGUUUACAUGGCAGUAUCUUAUCACGACGGUUCCCCCUUACCCGAGUGGCAGGCCAGGGGAGUGUCACUUCAAGUGCAUGUACAAAUAGAAGGAAGAGGAGGAGGUAUUGAACCUCAGCAGCCGCAGCUAGUUCCUGGGCAUGAUGCUGUGUGGCAUCUUAAAUUGGACUUGUAUAAGUUGUUGCGACUACAAAACGAUCCGAACUACCGCGAUGUGCUGAACAGCAUCACCGGCGUGCGUCUGAGCGCGCAGCUGGUGGACGCGGUGGGCAGCCACGCCAACGCCGACGUGCACUUCAUCGCGCACUACAGCGCCAACAACCAGCACAUACGCAUCGCCACCAGCACCACUGACGCCAGGGUCGGCGAGUACGUAAUCUUCCACGUGCAGAGUAACUUCUACAUGGAGUAUUUCAACUACGUGGUUAUGUCCAAAGGCAUCAUUCUUACUAGCGGACAGGAGAACAUGCAGGAGGGCGUGCGCACGUUCGCGGUGACGGUGUCGGCGGAGAUGGCGCCCGUCGCCACGGCGCUCGUGUGGAGCGCAGACCGGCGCGGGGCCGUGCUGGCCGACUCGCUCACCUUCCCCGUCAACGGCAUCUCGCGCAACAACUUCACGGUGUUCAUCAACAACCGCAAGCACCGCACGGGCGAGCGCGUAGAGGUGGCCAUCUACGGCGAGCCCGGCUCCUACGUGGGGCUGUCCGCGCUCGACAACGCCUUCUACACCAUGCAGGCCGGCAACGAGCUCUCCUACGCCAAGGUACCCAUUGCUUACAUACAUCUACGGCGAGCCCGGCGCCUACGUGGGGCUGUCCGCGCUCGACAACGCCUUCUACACCAUGCAGGCCGGCAACGAGCUCUCCUACGCCAAGGUACCCAUUGCUUACAUACAUCUACGGCGAGCCCGGCGCCUACGUGGGGCUGUCCGCGCUCGACAACGCCUUCUACACCAUGCAGGCCGGCAACGAGCUCUCCUACGCCAAGGUACCCAUUGCUUACAUACAUCUACGGCGAGCCCGGCGCCUACGUGGGGCUGUCCGCGCUCGACAACGCCUUCUACACCAUGCAGGCCGGCAACGAGCUCUCCUACGCCAAGGUACCCAUUGCUUACAUACAUCUACGGCGAGCCCGGCGCCUACGUGGGGCUGUCCGCGCUCGACAACGCCUUCUACACCAUGCAGGCCGGCAACGAGCUCUCCUACGCCAAGGUACCCAUUGCUUACAUACAUCUACGGCGAGCCCGGCGCCUACGUGGGGCUGUCCGCGCUCGACAACGCCUUCUACACCAUGCAGGCCGGCAACGAGCUCUCCUACGCCAAGGUACCCAUUGCUUACAUACAUCUACGGCGAGCCCGGCGCCUACGUGGGGCUGUCCGCGCUCGACAACGCCUUCUACACCAUGCAGGCCGGCAACGAGCUCUCCUACGCCAAGGUGAUAAGAAAAAUGUCAUACUUCGACGAAGCCACUAACGGUACGUUCGCGUACACGUGGCGUUCGCACGCCGGGGACGCGGACCAGCUCGUCUACUUUCCUUCCUCCACCUUCGGCAUAGACGCCAAUAGAACCUUUGAAUACGCGGGUCUUGUGGUGUUCAGCGACGUGCCGGUGACCCGCCGGUACAGCAACUGCAACUCGUCUCUAGGGCUCGGAGAGUGCCUGGAAGGGGGGUGCUACUCGCUUAGCAAGCGCUGUGACGGUAUUUUCGACUGCUCCGAUCACACGGAUGAGGCAAAUUGCGAGCACGACCCGUCGUUCUCGCUGCGCCACUUCCGCAAGUUCCGGUUCAACCGCGUGCAGCGCCAGUACGACAACGUGUGGCUGUGGCGCGACGUCAACAUCGGCCCGCACGGCCGGUACGUCUUCACCGUCGACGUGCCGCAGAUACCAGCACACUGGACAGUAUCGGCCUUUAGUAUGUCUCCGAGUCUCGGAUUGGGCAUGCUGACGGAACCUAAACAUUACUCGGGAGUGCUGCCGUUCUUCAUCAAGGUGGAGGGGCCGGAUCGCUGUCGCCAGGGCGAGCAGGUGGGGCUGCGUGUGGUCGUGUUCAACUACCAGGCGCAGGACAUCGAGGCCGUCGUCGUGCUCUCCGCCUCGCCCGACUACAAGUUCGUACACGUCGAGGAGAACGGCAUCGUCCGUUCGUACAACCCGCGCACGUCGUUCGGCGAGCAUCAGUUCUUCGUGUACAUAGUGUCGGGCGACGCGGCCACCGUGUACGUGCCCGUCGUGCCCACGCGCCUCGGCGACGUGCACGUGCACCUGCACGCCUCCACGCUCAUGGGCCAGCACCACUACGUCAAGAAGAUCUGCGUCGAGGCGGAUGGUCUACCACAAUACCGCCACCAGUCCGUCCUGCUGGACCUAUCGAACCGUGCGUACGUGUUCCAAUACAUGCACGUGAACGUGACAGAGUCGCCCAUCAUCACGUACGAGGUGGACCGCUACUACGUGUACGGCUCCAACAAGGCAAGGAUAUCCAUUGUGGGUGAUGUCGUCGGACCACUGUUCCCCACCAUGCCCGUCAAUGCUACCAGUUUGUUGGAUUUACCUAUGGACUCAGCUGAGCAGAACAUGUUCAGUUUUGCUGCCAACAUGUACCUGACAUUAUACAUGCGUCUGAUCAACCAACGCAAUCGUACUCUGGAGAGAGAUGCAUUCUAUCAUAUGAACAUUUUGUACCAACGGCAGCUGUCUUUCAUGAAGCCUGAUGGGUCAUUCAGCUUGUUCAGGAGCGACUGGAAUCAGUCUGCGUCAAGUGUAUGGCUGACGUCCUUCUGCGCGAAGAUCUUCCAAGAUGCGUCCUUCAAUGAGUGGGAGAACUUUAUAUAUAUAGAUCCGGAGGUGAUAUCUAUGGCGGUAUCAUGGGUGCUGGACCACCAGACUCCGGAAGGUGCAUUCUACGAGGUGACUUGGCUGCCGAACCGGAACGAUAACACUACCAUUGUGGUGCCCAAGAACAGUUCCUUGUAUAGAGAAGCGUUUGGACAUGCCGGCUGGAAUGAUCCCAGUGCUGUAGAAGUUAACAACACUAUAGUAAUGCAACGUAAUAUCACGCUCACCGCUCAAGUGGUCAUCACUUUGGAGACUGUCAAGAAUCUUAAAGACGUUGGUGUUAGCGAGGGGUUAAGCGCGCGCGUGUCGUCGGCGCAGCAGCGCGGCAUCCGCUGGCUGGAGCGGCACCUGCGCCUGCUGAGCGAGGUGCGCGAGGCCUACGCGCUGGCGCUCGUCGCGCACGCGCUCACCUUCAGCAAGGCGCCCUCCUCCGAGCACGCCUACCGCCUGCUGCUGCGCCUGGCGCGCUACGAGGGUAAGUGCUCCCCGCGCUCUCCUGCAGCAGGCGCCCCCCCCCGAGCACGCCUACCGCCUGCUGCUGCGCCUGGCGCGCUACGAGGUGCUCCCCGCGCUCUCCUGCAGCAGGCGCCCCCCCCCGAGCACGCCUACCGCCUGCUGCUGCGCCUGGCGCGCUACGAGGGUAAGUGCUCCCCGCGCUCUCCUGCAGCAGGCGCCCCCCCCCGAGCACGCCUACCGCCUGCUGCUGCGCCUGGCGCGCUACGAGGUGCUCCCCGCGCUCUCCUGCAGCAGGCGCCCCCCCCCGAGCACGCCUACCGCCUGCUGCUGCGCCUGGCGCGCUACGAGGGUAAGUGCUCCCCGCGCUCUCCUGCAGCAGGCGCCCCCCCCCCGAGCACGCCUACCGCCUGCUGCUGCGCCUGGCGCGCUACGAGGGUAAGUGCUCCCCGCGCUCUCCUGCAGCAGGCGCCCCCCCCCCGAGCACGCCUACCGCCUGCUGCUGCGCCUGGCGCGCUACGAGGGCGCCCCCCCCCCGAGCACGCCUACCGCCUGCUGCUGCGCCUGGCGCGCUACGAGGGUAAGUGCUCCCCGCGCUCUCCUGCAGCAGGCGCCCCCCCCCCGAGCACGCCUACCGCCUGCUGCUGCGCCUGGCGCGCUACGAGGGUAAGUGCUCCCCGCGCUCUCCUGCAGCAGGCGCCCCCCCCCGCGCACGCCUACCGCCUGCUGCUGCGCCUGGCGCGCUACGAGGGUAAGUGCUCCCCGCGCUCUCCUGCAGCAGGCGCCCCCCCCCGAGCACGCCUACCGCCUGCUGCUGCGCCUGGCGCGCUACGAGGGCGCCCCCCCCCCGAGCACGCCUACCGCCUGCUGCUGCGCCUGGCGCGCUACGAGGGUAAGUGCUCCCCGCGCUCUCCUGCAGCAGGCGCCCCCCCCCCGAGCCCGCCUACCGCCUGCUGCUGCGCCUGGCGCGCUACGAGGGUAAGUGCUCCCCGCGCUCUCCUGCAGCAGGCGCCCCCCCCCGAGCACGCCUACCGCCUGCUGCUGCGCCUGGCGCGCUACGAGGGUGGCCUUGUCUACUGGGGUAAAGAACCGGUCCCCCAACCUCCUUACAAGAUGGAGAAUCAGAAACCGUUCUUGCUGCCUCGACUGCCGUAUAAGUACGACUCUAACAAUAUCGCGGCCACGGCAUACGCGCUACUCGCGUGCAUGGACCAUCAGGACAACAACGAACCCAUCGUUAUGUGGCUCAACGCGCAGAGGCUGAAGGACGGUGGCUGGGCGUCUACACAGGACACGUACGUGGCGCUGCGCGCGCUGCUGGAGUACACGAACCGCAAGCGGCUCCGCGACGUGUCCUCGCUCAGCAUCAGCGUCGACGCCGUGGCGCUGCCCGGCGCCACGCGCACGCUGCUCGUGCGCAACGACAACCUCGCCCACAUGCAGUUCAUCGACAUCCCCGAGGCGUGGGGCACGGUGAAGGUGACGGCUCGCGGCGCGGGCUACGCCAUCCUGCAGAUGUCGGUGCAGUACAACGUGGACAUCGCGCGCUUCGUCACCCCCCCCGCCCGCGCGCUGCUUCUCGCUCGUGGCCUCGCACCACUUCUACGGACGGAACCAGUCGCACAUCGAGUUCCAGGGCUGCGCCAGGUACUCCUUAAUCACUUUAUGUGUCACAUCUUCCCUACAUCUGGAAGAGUGGGUUCUUGGACGCUACUGGAUGAGUCGCCCCGGUCGGGCAUGUCGGUGCUGGAGGUGGGGGUGCCCACGGGCUACAUGAUCCAGCAGCAGAAGCUGGACGCGUACGUGCUCUCGCGCCGCGUGCCCACGCUGCAGAGGGCCAAGUACCUGCCCACCAAGAUACUCUUCUACUUUGAAUAUUUGUCGCAAGAGCCGACGUGCGUGAACUUCACCAUAGAGCGCUGGUUCCCAGUGGCCAACAUGUCCAGAUAUUUGCCCAUGCGAGUCUACGAUUACUACGCACCAGAGCGUUUCAACGAGAGCAUCUUCGACGCGUUGCCGACCUACCUGCUCAACAUCUGCGAGGUGUGCGGCUCGUCCCAGUGUCCCUACUGCGCCAUCUACAACGCGGCCUCCCCCCCCUCACCGCUCACACUCCUGCGCCUGCUGCUGCUCGCUGCGCUGCUGCUGCUGCGGUAA